CAAAGACAGGGACAGCUGGAGAGGGAAGGAAUGGCGUGAAGGAGGAGAGGAAGAAGAGGGGAUGGCGAAGACAUGGACAUCCAGAUGUGUGAAGUGUCCUUUGAAAAUGGAGCGGGACAUCCAGUUAAAGAGGUAAUAAAGCAGAGGACAUAGAGAGGGGGACAAGGGAGGAGAGGAGAUGCAGGAAGGAAUACUAAUAUGGCGUCUUUUCAGCGUGGAGGAUGAAGUAUUCUGGAGAUGGUGAGGAAGUACGAAGUUCCUUCAGGAUGCGUUUACCGACCGUUCACUGAUGUCAAAUGCUAAAGGGGAACAUCAAGGAGAAAAGACAGCGUGCCGGUCAGAAGACGCUCCAAUGAUAGGAAGCAAGGUGAAAAAUCUCACUCCUGCUGCUCAGGUUGGAUCUGGGACGGUUUUGGGUGCAGUUUCUGCAAAGAUGCACUCUCCACAUUUACGGGAUCAAGGGGAACAAUGAGAAUCUAACUGGGCUUUGAGAGCAAAUGACAAACAAAAACCAUUCUGCAAAAAGGACACAACACAACAAACCAAUUUUCAGCAUUCCAGUUUGCUUGUCAAGGAUCAACACCCUUUUAUUGGUCAUUUCUCCACAGUUUCUGACAGGAACAUUUAUGAACAUAUUGAGGUUUGAAGAGACUGAUUUGGACAUUUUAAGGCAGAGCAUAUUCAUAACUAUAAAAGCUCUGCAGGGUCAUGCAACAACGCAAUAACUUCUACAGAAAUCAUAACCACCAAAGAUUUUUUUCAAGAUUUUCCAUACUUGUUUUUCAAGAACUCCUCUUGAUAAGCUUUUUUAACUUAAAACCUCUCAUUAAAUUCCUAAUUAUUGCCAUGAAUUAAAAGUGGGAGAGCCUGUAUUCAGAGAACUUUCCCUUAAGAUAAACAUUUGUAAAUCAAAAUGUUGAUGAAAACUACAUAAUUUGAAAAAGAGACUUUUUUCAGUGGUAGAAAGUUUGGCAGAAGUCUUGAUUCCCAAUGUGUAUGUCUUCACUCACACAUUUGGACAAUCCAAACUUCUGAAACCAGUCUGUAGAUCCGUGUUAGAGACAUUUUGCUUUUCUUUCUAAUUUUUUACAAUUUAGUUGUUCCAUGAUUGUUCAGCAUCCACUUAAUGGUGCGUCUCUUUCUAACCAGAAAUUGGUCUUUUUUUUGUCAAAUGUACAAUCUCAAUUAUAGAGAUUAAGAAGGAUUCCAGGGACUUGUGACCUAUUUUAUUUAUUAAUCCCUCUUUAACUCUGUAAAAUACAUCCUCACUUUGGGUUGAGCAUCUCCAACCAGGCCAGAAGUGGUUGCAGCAUGGGACUCAGCUGCUUUAAGUCUUGGAAAUAUGACAGUACAGGCCACAAAGGUAACAGAGACGUGCUGGCCAGCCCAGGAUCCUAUUUCUUCCUAUCUAACAGCGCCGGUCAGGGUGACGAGUGGUUGAAGAGCCUCAACAAGGGAGUCUGGAUCCCUUUCACAGGGGUUUUUGGGCAACGCCUGGAGGAGACGGUGCUGUAUGAGCGUCGGUAUGGGGUGCGCUUGGUUCCUCUGGUGGUGGAGCAAUGUGUGACAUUCAUCCGUGAACGUGGUCUGCAUGAGGUGGGCUUGUUUCGCCAGCCUGGACGCGCCAGUCUGGUGAAAGAACUUCAGGAGGCUUUUGAUUCUGGUGAAAGGCCGUCUUUUGACAGCAGGACAGACGUCCACACUGUGGCAUCACUGCUGAAGCUCUACCUCAGGCAGCUACCAGAACCUCUGGUUCCCUACUGCCACUACCAGGACUUUCUGCUCUGCGGUCAGAAGCUGUUAAGUGACCGUACAGUGGGUCUGGAGGAGUUGAAGAAUCUUCUUCAUGAGUUACCCGUCGCAAACUUCAACCUACUCAACUUUAUCUGCCAGUUUCUGAAUGAGGUCCAGAGCUGCUCCAGCAGUAAUAAGAUGAACGUCCAGAACUUGGCGACCGUGUUUGGACCAAACAUCCUUCGAGCCAAAGCUGAAGACCCACAAAGCAUCAUGGGAGCUGCAAACCUGGUCCAGGUGCUCAUGUCAGAGCUGAUCAGAGAACAUGAAUCUCUGUUUGCCAAGUUCCCUCCUUCUGCCUGCUUGCAUCCUUCUGCAACGCCUUUGAAGCAACCCCAUCUCCAGCCACCGCCCUGCCUUCGCCAGCUGUCUUUGCCUCUUAUUGCAGACCACUCCAGUGAAUCAGGACAACCAGCCGCACAUGCAGACCACACUAGUUGUAUCUUCUCUGCUGCUGGUAAAUCAGACUUGCUCUCUGGUCAGAAGAAACACCUUGGCCAUCGCUACACUUCCUCCCAUCCAGAGAACUGCUUCUACCCCUUGCCUUCUUCCAGUGAGUCCAUCAACCACCACCCUGGCAGGCACCAAGGAGAUUUUUACAAGUACCAUGCUGGGCAGGGUUCAUCUUCUGCAAAUGCUCAAGCCACAACAACCAACCCCCAGCUACAGGCUGAAAGCUCAAAUCGGGGGGCAAUGGGAUGGCAACGCCAAGAAAAGGCAGCUUCUGCCUACUGGAGCUGUAGUGGAGCAGAGGAAGAGGCUGAUAUUCCUGAAGCAGCCAGUGGGGGGAGCAGUCAAGCACAGGAGGACAGUACACCCUCUGUCUAUGACAACCUGGACAGAGCCUCUUUGUCUCACACAUUGGAGAAUGUUCCUACUGAGAACUUUGAUUCAGAUUCUCCAGGAACCAAUGUUGGAAUAUGUGAAGCAGAGGUAGAUCGAGCGGAACUGGGGAAGGCAGGAGACUCCUCUUCCUCAUGGUCUUCCUGUGAAGUUCUACCAUUAGAUGAAAGCAAUGAUGACCUGGGGGUCAGUAGUCCUGAUAUCCCACCAAAGAGAUCCAGAAUGUUGCCUCUGAAUCAGAGAACAGAACAGGAAAUUUGUGAUAAAGAUGCUCAUGACGGCAAUAGUGCCAAGCAACAUCCAAGCUCCUGGGCUUCCUGUUCUGUCAUCAGCAUCAGCCCUCUCAGCACAGGGAGCUCAGAGGUCUUCCUCCCCUCUGGGGCUCCGGAUCUCCAGGUUCAAGAGUCUCACGUAGAAUCGAGGGACACUAAUUCUCUGCUGGCCAACCUGAGGCAGCAGAUGACUCAGCAGAAGGCAGAGUACCAAAACAGGAUUGAGAGGUUGGAGCGCUGCAAUGACGUCCUCGAACGGCAAGUUGCCGUUCUGCGACUCAGUCUGGAGCAGCAGAGGCGAAGCCAGAGUGUGGCGGAGAUCAAGAUCAGAAACAUGGAGCGAGCCAAGGCAGAUGCAGACCGCCGGAACACCACCCUUCAGAGGGAGAUGGAGCUGUUCUUCAGGACAUAUGGAGAAAUAAGGAGAAGAGGAGGAGAUCUGGGAAGAGCUGGCGGAGGAAGCAUCUGAAGACUGAAAGUUUUUCUCAGCAGGAGUGAAGAAGGGAAGAAAAAAGCUGCAAUUAGCAUUGGACAGAUUAUGUCAAGAUGAGUUAAUGGUAUGAAAACAGAAACAAGAACAUCACGUUAGUGGAGGUUAACGUUAUUAAAGGUCAGGUCUGAUGGCAUUUUUUUUUUUUUAGAAAUUUGCCUUUAAAUCUCAAAUUAAUUCUUGUCUUCCUAGGCAACUCAGGCAGCACACUGAAGCCUGUGAUGUAAGACUGAGACUCAGUCAGUCCCAUGUGUCUCCAUGUGAUAAAGCAUCAGUUUUAUGUUCCACAUACAGUCAAAACUGUACACCUUUAUUUACUCCAAAAAGCCCAGACGUACAAUGUACAAAAGAUUUAACGUGUCGGCGUGACCUGUUUGGUUAAAACAGUUAAUAUAUUGACAUUAAAGACCAUUUUGCUCUUUACAAAAUCGUGGUGGAAAUUAAAUAAAAUGUAUAAAUUAUAAUACGUAAAACUAAAAUUAUUCCAACACUUUAUUCAUUUUGUUUUUAGGACAUCUUUAAGAAUUAUGAGUAAAUAUUUUUAGUUCCACCUUUACUAAUUUAAGGGCACAUUUACAAAUCUAUAAGGUCCCAGAACUCCCAACAAAAAGCAGUGAAGAAUACACAACUACUGAACUUUAAAUAGGUGGGGGUCCACUGUUCAUUGAUUCAUUACUCACAGAUUCUUCAAAGGUUACUUUUGAUGACUGUGGCCAAUGAAAACCCAAAUUGAGCUCAUUAGAAAGUCUUAUACUAGAGUAUAAAUAAUAAAACUUGGUUAAAUGACAUAAAUGCUGACAUUCUGAUUUCUUGAGACGUGAAAGACCUGCACCUUUCAAAUCACAUCCACCUGGACUCUCAAUAUUUACAUGUAUGUCGGCGCAUUGUCAUUUGAAACCUGAAACCACUGUUUUCCGCAUGAAAAAUCUUUUCUAAUAAAACCUAUUUUAAUCCACUUUCUUUUAUUAAUUAUUGCCAGUUAAUCUGACAUGAAUUAAAUGAAAACUGAAAGCAGGUCUCUUCACAGGAUGAUGAGAUCUACUGUGAGCAACGUGGAAAUGAUCUUUGUCAUGAAGUGCCAAUGAAAUUUGUUAAAAUAAAGUUUUUUAAACCAAAAACAAUAAAGCUCAGACUUUUUUUUCCCAGAGGAUGAAAUAUUUAUUGUCAAACUGUGCCGGCAACGUGAACUAAACUGUACAGACACUAAAAAAAUCG